AUGUACUUACAAUUCGGCAUUGAGAAGAGGAAAGAACAGUCUCAACAUGCACUGGGUUGCAUGGCACCACACCACGCCGAUUCACAAGAAGAGGCUAAUAAAAUUCAGCAAAGAGCCAAAGAACGAUCGGAGGGACGUGUGAAUUCCAAGACACCUCAAGGCAGUCCUCCAUUUACAGAUUCACAAGAAGAGGCCAAUGAAAUUCAGCAAAGAGCCAAAGAACGAUCGGAGGGAGGUGUGAAUUCCAAGACACCUCAAGGCAGUCCUCCAUUUACAGAUUCACAAGAAGAGGCUAAUGAAAUUCAGCAAAGAGCCAAAGAACGAUCGGAGGGACGUGUGAAUUCCAAGACUCCUCAAGGCAGUCCUCCAUUUACAGGUCAAGGUCAGGCCAUGCCAUCACCAAAACAGCCUUUUAUUCCCCACAAGGGAGUAGAUCGCACAGUUAAAGCGAAACAAGGAAUGUUGGACUCUUCCAUAACCAAAGAAGGUGUGUUCAUCGACGUGCAAAGUGUUCAUGACCAGCUGGGGAAUAUUGGAGUAGCUCAAGAUGAUCUGGCCAUUAUCAUCGGGAAUGCUGUUGAGACAGCUGUCAAGGCAGCAAUACCUGCAAUUGUGAGGGCAGUGAGAGAAGCCUGUGUUGCCUCUGUGAAGGAGGAUAUCAACCCACACCUACUUCGCAGCCAAUUCGAGAGGGAUGAAGUUGACCAGCAGAUGCGGAGGGAAAACCUUCGUAUCAUAGGACUCACAGAGGGGCAGGUAGGACAAGCGGAGACAGAAGAAAAUGCAGGUGAAUCAAAAGAGGCCUUGAUGGGCAAAGUUUGUCAGCUGGCAGAAGAGGUCGGAGUGAACAUCACCCCAGAUGACAUUUCUACAUGCUAUCGGGUUGGAAAGCCAAGAUCACUCACACAGAAAGUCUCAGAUUCACAAGAAGAGGCUAAUGAAAUUCAGCAAAGAGCCAAAGAACGAUCGGAGGGACGUGUGAAUUCCAAGACACCUCAAGGCAGUCCUCCAUUUACAGAUUCACAAGAAGAGGCUGAUAACAUUCAGCAAAGAGCCAAAGAACGAUCGGAGGGACGUGUGAAUUCUAAGACACCUCAAGAUUCACAAGAAGAGGCUGAUAACAUUCAGCAAAGAGCCAAAGAACGAUCGGAGGGACGUGUGAAUUCUAAGACACCUCAAGAUUCACAAGAAGAGGCUGAUAACAUUCAGCAAAGAGCCAAAGAACGAUCGGAGGGACGUGUGAAUUCUAAGACACCUCAAGAUUCACAAGAAGAGGCUAAUAACAUUCAGCAAAGAGCCAAAGAACGAUCGGAGGGACGUGUAAAUUCCAAGACACCUCAAGGCAGUCCUCCAUUUACAGAUUCACAAGAAGAGGCUAAUAACAUUCAGCAAAGAGCCAAAGAACGAUCGGAGGGACGUGUGAAUUCCAAGACACCUCAAGGCAGUCCUCCAUUUACAGAUUCACAAGAAGAGGCUAAUAACAUUCAGCAAAGAGCCAAAGAACGAUCGGAGGGACGUGUGAAUUCCAAGACACCUCAAGGCAGUCCUCCAUUUACAGAUUCACAAGAAGAGGCUUAUAACAUUCAGCAAAGAGCCAAAGAACGAUCGGAGGGACGUGUGAAUUCCAAGACACCUCAAGGCAGUCCUUCAUUUACAGAUUCACAAGAAGAGGCUAAUAACAUUCAGCAAAGAGCCAAAGAACGAUCGGAGGGACGUGUGAAUUCCAAGACACCUCAAGGCAGUCCUCCAUUUACAGAUUCACAAGAAGAGCCUGAUAACAUUCAGCAAAGAGCCCCAAAAACAUCGGAGGGACGUGUGGAUUCCAAGACACCUCAAGACGGUCCUCCAUUUACAGCCCCACCAGACAGCAUGGACGACAAAGAUCAGAUAAUACUCCUUCUUGAGGACAUCAAAAACAGACUCUGUAGUAAGAAAUCCUUCUUUGAACCAUUCAAGGCAAUGACCCAGGCAAUCAAAGGGUUAUCAGAUGCAGACCUUGCUAAGGCUAUGGCCAACUUUGGAAAACAAUGA